AUCUUGAUGAAUGCUCCAAUGGAACCCACCAAUGCAGCAUGAAUGCUCAGUGUGUGAACACUCCAGGGUCAUACCGCUGUGCCUGUGCAGAGGGAUUCACUGGGGAUGGAUUUACUUGUUCUGAUGUUGAUGAGUGUGCAGAAAAUAUUAAUCUGUGUGAAAAUGGACAGUGUUUGAAUGUCCCUGGUGCCUACCGUUGUGAGUGUGAGAUGGGAUUCACUCCUGCCUCGGACAGCAAGUCCUGCCAAGACAUCGAUGAAUGCUCCUUCCAGAACAUAUGUGUAUUUGGUACCUGUAAUAAUCUGCCGGGGAUGUUUCAUUGUAUCUGUGAUGAUGGCUAUGAACUGGAUCGAACUGGGGGAAACUGUACAGAUAUCGAUGAAUGUGCUGAUCCCAUUAAUUGUGUUAAUGGUCUUUGUGUAAAUACUCCUGGAAGGUAUGAGUGUAAUUGCCCUCCAGACUUCCAGCUGAAUCCUACUGGAGUGGGUUGUGUGGAUAACCGUGUUGGCAAUUGCUACCUGAAGUAUGGACCACGAGGGGAUGGAAGUCUAUCCUGCAACACUGAAAUUGGGGUUGGAGUCAGUCGUUCCUCGUGCUGCUGCUCUCUGGGAAAGGCUUGGGGAAACCCCUGCGAGACGUGUCCCCCUGUAAAUAGCACGGAAUAUAAUACUCUCUGUCCCGGGGGUGAAGGAUUCAGACCAAAUCCCAUCACUAUUAUUUUGGAAGACAUUGAUGAAUGUCAGGAACUGCCAGGUCUCUGCCAAGGUGGAAAUUGCAUCAAUACUUUUGGCAGCUUCCAGUGUGAAUGUCCAAAAGGCUACUACCUCAGUGAAGAGACAAGAAUCUGUGAAGAUAUUGAUGAGUGUGUUGCACAUCCUGGUGUCUGUGGUCCUGGCACCUGCUACAAUACCUUGGGGAACUACACCUGCAUUUGCCCACCUGAAUAUAUGCAGGUGAAUGGAGGACAUAACUGCAUGGACAUGAGGAAAAGCUUUUGCUACAGAAGCUAUAAUGGAACCUCCUGUGAAAACGAACUGCCCUUCAAUGUGACCAAAAGGAUGUGUUGCUGCACAUACAAUGUUGGGAAAGCCUGGAACAAACCUUGUGAACCAUGUCCAACUCCAGGAACAGAUGAAUUCAAGAACAUAUGUGGGAAUAUUCCUGGCUUCACUUUUGACAUUCAUACUGGAAAAGCUGUUGACAUUGAUGAAUGUAAGGAAAUCCCAGGAAUCUGUGCGAACGGUGUUUGUAUCAAUCAGAUUGGCAGCUUCCGCUGUGAAUGCCCCACUGGAUUCAGCUACAAUGACCUGCUCUUGGUCUGUGAAGAUAUUGAUGAGUGCAGCAAUGGAGAGAAUCUCUGUCAGAGAAAUGCAGACUGUAUCAACAGUCCUGGUAGCUACCGCUGUGAAUGUGCUGUUGGUUUUAAACUUUCACCCAAUGGUGCCUGUGUUGAUCGCAAUGAAUGUCUGGAAAUUCCUAAUGUUUGCAGUCAUGGUUUAUGUGUGGACAUUCAAGGAAGUUACCAGUGUAUAUGUCACAAUGGUUUUAAGGCAUCCCAAGAUCAGACUAUGUGCAUGGAUGUUGAUGAAUGUGAACGCCAUCCAUGUGGAAAUGGAACUUGUAAAAACACAGUUGGAUCAUAUAACUGCCUGUGUUAUCCAGGAUUUGAAUUAACUCAUAAUAAUGACUGUAUAGAUAUCGAUGAGUGCAGUUCCUUCUUUGGUCAGGUGUGCAGAAAUGGACGGUGUUUCAAUGAAAUUGGUUCCUUCAAAUGUUUAUGUAAUGAAGGAUAUGAACUUACUUUAGAUGGGAAGAAUUGCAUUGAUACUAAUGAAUGUGUGGCACUACCCGGUUCAUGCUCUCCUGGUACCUGUCAAAAUUUGGAAGGAUCAUUCAGAUGCAUCUGUCCACCAGGAUAUGAAGUAAAAAGUGAAAGUUGUAUUGAUAUUAAUGAGUGUAAUGAGGAUCCCAACAUCUGUCUCUUUGGCUCUUGUACGAACACUCCAGGUGGCUUCCAGUGCAUCUGUCCUACAGGUUUUGUGCUGUCUGAUAAUGGACGGAGAUGUUUUGAUACUCGCCAGAGCUUCUGUUUCACUAACUUUGAGAAUGGGAAAUGCUCAGUGCCAAAGGCUUUCAACACCACAAAGGCAAAAUGUUGCUGCAGUAAAAUGCCAGGAGAAGGAUGGGGCAAUCCUUGUGAGCUCUGUCCAAAGGAAGAAGAAGUUGCUUUUCAGGACCUGUGUCCAUAUGGUCAUGGAACAAUUCCUGGAAUUGAUGCUACACGUGAAGAUGUCAACGAAUGCCUUGAAAGCCCAGGGAUUUGCUCAAAUGGUCACUGCAUCAAUACUGAUGGGUCAUUCCGCUGUGAGUGCCCCAUGGGAUACAACUUAGAUUACACUGGAGUACAUUGCAUUGAUACAGAUGAAUGUGCAAUUGGCAGCCCAUGUGGAAAUGGUACGUGCACCAACGUGAUUGGCAGUUUUGAGUGCAACUGUCAUGAAGGAUUUGAGCCAGGCCCAAUGAUGAAUUGUGAAGAUAUAAAUGAGUGUGCUCAGAAUCCCUUGCUGUGUGCUUUUCGUUGUAUCAACACUUACGGUUUCUAUGAAUGCACAUGUCCAGUCGGCUAUGAACUAAGGAAGAUGUGCAGAGAUUUAGAUGAGUGUGCUGAAGGUCUCCAUGAUUGCGAAUCAAGAGGCAUGAUGUGCAAAAAUUUGAUUGGUACCUUCAUGUGCAUUUGUCCUCCUGGAAUGAUCCAGAGACCUGAUGGAGAAGGCUGCACAGAUGAAAAUGAAUGCCGCACCAAGCCAGGUAUCUGCGAAAAUGGUCGUUGCAUGAAUGUUAUUGGGAGCUACCGAUGUGAAUGUAACGAAGGAUUCCUGUCAAGUCCAUCAGGCAUUGAGUGUCUUGAUAAUCGCCAAGGGUUCUGCUUUGCUGAAGUUUUACAGACAAUGUGUCAGAUGGCUUCAAGCAGCCGUAAUCUUGUCACUAAAUCUGAGUGCUGCUGUGAUGGAGGUCGGGGCUGGGGUAACCAGUGUGAGCUCUGCCCAGUUCCCGGAACCACCCAAUAUAAGAAACUCUGUCCACACGGACCAGGCUAUACUACAGAUGGAAGAGAUAUUGAUGAAUGUAAGGUCAUGCCAAACCUGUGUAGGAAUGGACAGUGUAUUAACACCAUGGGCUCCUUCCGAUGCUUUUGCAAAGUUGGCUAUACCACUGACAUAAGUGGCACAUCUUGUAUUGAUCUUGAUGAGUGUUCCCAGUCUCCUAAACCAUGCAAUUUUAUUUGCAAGAACACAGAGGGGAGCUAUCAGUGCUCAUGUCCUCGGGGCUACAUCCUUCAAGAAGAUGGAAAGACAUGCAAAGAUCUUGAUGAAUGUCAAACCAAACAACACAAUUGUCAGUUUCUCUGUGUCAACACACUUGGAGGCUUCACAUGCAAAUGCCCACCUGGUUUUACACAACACCACACAGCUUGUAUUGAUAACAAUGAAUGUGGUUCUCAGCCAUUGCUUUGUGGAUCAAAAGGAAUUUGCCAAAACACCCCAGGAAGUUUUACCUGUGAAUGUCAAAGGGGAUUUUCUCUGGAUUCUACUGGAUUAAACUGUGAAGAUGUGGAUGAAUGUGAUGGAAACCAUAGGUGCCAGCAUGGCUGUCAAAACAUCCUGGGUGGAUACAGGUGUGGAUGCCCUCAAGGAUAUAUACAGCAUUACCAGUGGAAUCAAUGUGUUGAUGAAAACGAAUGCUCCAAUCCUAAUGUGUGUGGCUCUGCUUCGUGCUACAACACACUUGGAAGCUACAAGUGUGCCUGCCCAUCAGGAUUUUCUUAUGACCAAUUCUCCAGUGCAUGCCAUGAUGUGAAUGAGUGUUCUUCUGCCAAGAAUCCCUGCAAUUACGGUUGUUCCAACACUGAGGGUGGUUAUCUGUGUGGCUGUCCACCUGGCUAUUACAGAGUUGGACAAGGCCACUGUGUCUCAGGGAUGGGAUUUAACAAAGGCCAGUACCUGCCACUGGACGGAGAUGCUGAUGAAGAGAAUGCUUUGUCCCCUGAAGCGUGUUAUGAGUGCAAAAUCAACAGCUAUUCCAAAAAAGACAACAGGAAGAAGAGAAGUGCUAAUGACACU